AUGGAGGAAAAUCCCCUGGAGGCCCUCCUCCUCCUCCUCAACCUCUCCACCUCCAUCUCCGCCUGCUUCUCCCUUACUUCCUUCAUCAGCGCCAGCCUCUCUGCAGCGUCCGCCUUUGACUUGUGAAGCAUCGCCGACAGGAUCUUCUCCUUCUGCUCGCCGUCUCUCUUCAUCUCCGCCAUCUCCGUGGUCAGCGCCUCCGCCGCAGACUCGGCGGCGUCCUUCUGACGGCGCGCCUCUGCAAGCUCCGCCACCGCCACCUCGACCCGCCGCAGGGCGUGGCCCAUCUCGGCGGCGCUGUCGUGGGCCUCCUUCUCCGCCGCCCGGAGCUUCUCCUCCAACUCCCCCGUCCUCUUGGUUUCCUCCUCCAGCGCCGCCUCCUUCUCCAAGAUCUUACCGGCGAAGUUGGCGGCGGCCUCUUGCUUCUGCACAUCGAGGACUCGAAAUUGAGCCAUCAGGGCCUGGAUCUGGAGCCUGAGCUUUCUCUUCUCGGCGAUCCAGUCCUGCUCGCGGGAGGCGAAGAUGCCCACCACCUUCUCGUUGGCUUUCGCGUCUUCUGCCCUGAGCCUCUUCAGGUGGGAGACCUCCUCCUCGGUCCUCCUGAGCGCCGCCAUCUCCUCCCCCGCCCUCUGAGCUCUCCAGAGGAGAAGGCCCAGGAGACUGGCGCUGCCCUGAAGAAGCAUCUCCCCCAAGCGGCGCCGCCUUGCGCCUCCAAUGUCCGGGGAUCUCGCGGCGGAGAGGAGGUGGAGGGCGAGGAAGGCACAGGAGGCCCCGAAGUACAUGGGGUAGAGACUGCCGCCGUCUCUGUCAUUCUCCUCCACGGCCCAGGCCGAGGCCGCGUCGUCUUCUUCUUCCUCUUCUUCUCCCGUCAUUGCUGCGAAGUACUUCGAGCUAGCGUUUACAGAUGAAAGCUCGAAUCGCCGCCCUGGUUCUUACCGUUGACGGCCCAUCAUCUGGAAUUCACGGAAAACUCUAAGCUUGCGCGCGCGCGCGCGCGCGAGAGAGAGAGAGGGAGGGAGAGAAGGGAGAACACUUGGAUCGUGGAGUAGUUGA